AUGCAUUUGGUGGCUGAUGCACCAUUUACGGUUAGUUUAAUAACAGAACGUGCAGACCCCAAGCCCCAAAGCGGGCCAUGCGAAUCUCGUUCUCCAUCUGCUUCUCCCAACAAGCUCUCUAACUAUUUGCCCUCUCUUCCUCUUGCAGCGGCUCAUCCUGGCGCCGUUUGCUAUAGCCAUGCCCAUUGUCAAAUGUUUGAUACGCGCACCCAUUGCGAUUUCCUGAUACCCAAUCUCUUUGGACGCUGCCAGUGCACGGCGCCAACGCGCAUGGUGGGUGGACUUUGUGUGGCACCAGCAACGGAAGAAACCCCAGCACCAGCAGAGGAGCAGCCCAUUGAGAAAGCCUCGACGACAACAACGACAACAACGCCUGCGCCCACAACAAGACGCACAACGCCAACGACGACAACAACCAGAAGAACAACAACAACAACGACAACAACAACAACAACUCCAGCGCCCACAACAACGCGAACAACUUCCGCGCCCGCCAUGCUGCUGGAGGAUGAGCUGCCCGCCAGCGUGGAGGAGCAAGCGCUGGAAGAGGACGACAUGGACCCCGAGAAGUUAAGACCACAAAUCAUCGAAGUGGAUAACGGCGAGAAAAUCGAUCUGGUCGAUCAUGCACAUGAGGAAACAGAGCUAACCCAACAGCAGCUGCUGGAGGAAAAUCAAGAGAAACAGGAAGCGGAACAGCAGCAGGUAGCAGAGCAAGAAAAGGAAACCGUGCAGGAGAUAAAUAAUCCGAACAAGCCCGAACAAGUUCAUGAAUCGGCGCCCGAGCACGAACAACUACCGGCUGAGGCACCGCAAACCACGACGGGAGCUCAGCAGCUACUGACGCCCGCUGAUGUGGCCACCGAAGCCAUGGAGCACGCAGAGCAAGAGACUGAAGCAGCGCCUGCCUACGAUUAUCCCUACAAGAUUGACGAGGAAUACGUGGAGGAGCAUGAGAUCAAACCUGAAGCGGAUCAGAUGGAAACCGAGGCAGUGCCAGAGCCAGAACCAGAAGCGGAGGCGGAGCCGUCACCAGCAACUGCAACGCACAACGAGCCGGCUGCUGAGGAGGAGUUUGAAGCAUCGGGCGCACAAGAAAUUGCACCACAGGCCUCAGACGAUACCAUGAAAUUCGAUUAUGAAACGGCCGGCGAGGGGGAGGAGCAACAGCACCAACAACAGCAACACGAUGAGCUGGAGCCUCCAAUUGAAGCAGUGCCCAUUGAGAAAGACGAGGAGAACAACAGCGAGACGGAUAGCACUCAGAAUAAUCAACAGCUAGAGGAUGAGAAGGAGUCGUCGACGGGCGAAGCGGCAGCUGCAGCUGCUGGUGAUGAUGAUUUGAUAGCUGUGUCGGAAAUUGAAAGUGCGACAAAUGUGCCCAAGGAGACGCUGCCAGAGAACGUGGAGCAGGAGGAGGUGGAACAAUCGGGCGAUCAUGAGAUUGAGACGGAGACAGAGCUGGCGCCCCAGGCACAAGCAGAACCAGAGGAGGCGGAAACACAGGCGGAGCCACAGCAAGUGGACGUUCCAGCAGCUAAUGAUGAAGUCGAAGAAGCGCCAGCCAAGCCGGCAGAUGAGGCAGAUGAGCAGCAGGCGGCACCGGAAGAAACGGUGCCAACCGAAACAGAAGCAACCGAAAUUGAGGAGCCAACGAAAUUAGAGGACAGCGAAAGCCAAGCAGAGCCAAUUGUUGGGGUGAAAGAGCCAGAGCUGGAAAUGGAAAAUCAAGUGGAAGAGGAGCAACAGAAACCCGAACCAACAGUAGCUGAGCCAGAAGCUGAUGCUGAAGCCGCAGAAGUCGAGUUGGCAACCGAAACCGCGCCCGAGCUCGAGAAUGCGGCUGAAAUCGAGACGCAAAAAGAGGCAGAGCAGCAGACUGAGACAGAGACUGAGACUGAGACUGAGACGGAGACGGUGUCAGAGCUGGAGACUGAAACUGAUCAGGCAGAACAAAGCGCCGACAUCAAGCCGACAAGUGGCGAAGAUGAUUUAAAUGAAGCCAAUCAAUUAAAUCAAGAGCAAAUCGCGGAGCAGCAACCAGCCGAAGACGAAGUGGACCGAACAACCGAACAGCAGCAAAUCAAUGAGGAGCAGGGGGAACAGAAUGUGCAACAUGAUCUGGAUGAGGAGACGGUGGAGAACCAGACGGAGACUGUGCACCAGCCAGCCGAGGUGGAAGCAAUCAGCGAAGCGCAACACGAAGAAUUGACUUACCCAACAAAUGAUGAUGAAUUGGCGCCAGAGCAGACCACAGAGCAGGUGGCCGAAGAGCAGCAACAGGAGGCGGAGGAGGAGGAGGAGGAACAGCAGGCGGAGGCAACGACUGAACGAACGGCAGCUGAACCAGAAAUCUUGACAGCAGAGUCUGAACUAAAUGCAAAUGCAAUUAAGACGCCCGAAGUGUCGGAAACAAUUGCAGAGAAACAGCCCGAGGCGACGGUAGAGUCAGAGGCAGAGGCGGAGCAGUCGGACAACAUUGCUAAUGAUGAGGUGUCGCAUGUGGAUGAAGUUGAGGCGUUGCCAGAGCCGGAGCUUAUGGAGACCCAUGCUAAUGCUGUUGAAGGUGCGGCCGACACGGGCAUCGAAAUAACGCCAGCGGCAUUGCCAAUUAACCAAGAUGAGCUACAGGAAACCAACACCGAAGCUUUGAAGGAAACCGAACUCAAUGCGGAGACAGCGACGGAGGUGGCGGCGGAAACUGUCACCGCCGAGCACAGUGAAAGUGGAGAGUUAGAUGAAACGGAAAUGGACAAAAAUGAAAAUGAUAAUAUCAUACAAGGAGCGGAGCCAAAUGUGGAACAACAGCCAAUCAAGGCCACUGAGCCCGCACCUUCUACAGCUGAGCAGACCGAACAGACCAAUCUGGAAGCCGAGCAGACGCUGGACUACACCAGCAACGAGCAGCUAAAGGAGCAUAGCCUGGACCAAGAGCAGCAGCCACUCGAGACGGUUCAAGCUGAGUCUGUGACAGCUGAGGCCGAAACGGAAAUUGCAGCCACCCAAACGCCAGAGCUGGCCGCCGAGGUGCCCAUUGUCAGCGAGGAGCAGAACACGGAUGACUUCAAGGAGAGUGAAAGCAUUGCGGGCAUACUGAACGAUCUUAUGCUGGAGGGCGACAGCACAGUGCCACCCGUACCAUUUGGACAACAGCCUGGCCAAACCAUGCACAUGCCCGAUGAACACGUACAGCAUCAGCAGCAGCAGCAGCUCGAUGAGGCCGAGGUGCCAAACAUACCCGAUCUGUUGGCGGAGGCGGACGAGCUGCAUGAGCAGCAGGAACAGCCAGAGCAGCAGGAGCAACACGAAGAUGAAGCUGUUACAGAAUUAUCCAGCAAGGAGCUAGAUGAAAAGCUAAUAACCUUCUAUCCCGAGAUGCCGUCAGAGCAGGAAGCCAGCACAGCCGCAGCUGAACAGACAGAAGAACCAGAGUCGAGCACUCCUGAAGCCGAAGCUGAACCGGAACGCACGCUGUCCCCUGAUGAGCUGCCUUUUGACCUAAUCGACAACUCUGGCCCUAUUAGGCUGCAGGAGCUCGAAUCGGACAGUCUGAUACUAGAGUCAACCACCUUGGAUACGCUGCUUGAUCAGAACAAUCACAUUGAGGAUGCAAAUGCUGCGCCCGCUGCCAGCCAUACGCACGAGGAGGCCACGCCCAAUCCCGCUGACAUUGUAGAGAUCACCACGCAAACGAUGCUCGGCUUGGCCAGUCGUGUCACACUCAUGGAGCCCGCUGCGCCGGUGGUCACCACCCUAAAGCCCCUCAUGACCGCAGAGGAGGCAACACCGCAACCAGCUGAGAUUCCAGUCGUACCCGUCGCCGCGCUGCCCCUGUUGAGCGGCAAGCCGGGCUCCGAGCUGCGCAAGCGUGUCGAUCUUGGCCUGGAAGCCAUCUCGCUGGGUCUGCCCUGCGCCAGCGAUCGUCAAUGCCAGCUGUCCGAUCCACAUACGGUGUGCAAUGCACGCGGCGUUUGCGACUGCGCAACGGCAAGCGGCGAACAGGGACAAUGCAGCGCAGAACGCACAGGUUGCAGUCCCGGCACCUUCCAGUGCCGCUCGAGUGGCGUGUGCAUCUCGUGGUUCUUUGUGUGCGACGGUCGCGCCGAUUGCAAUGACGACUCGGACGAGGAGUGCACUCACAAUGCGCGUCUCAAUCAGACCUGCCCGGCGGAGGCGUUCCGCUGUGAGCGCAGCGGUCGCUGCAUCUCACGUGCAGCGCUCUGCGACGGACGCAAACAGUGUCCACAUGGCGAGGAUGAGCUGGGCUGCGAUGGAAACCAGAGGGGCGGCAACAGCUGUCCGGCGCACACGUUCCGCUGUAAGAGCGGCGAGUGCCUGCCGGAGUACGAGUACUGCAAUGCGAUUGUCUCCUGCAAGGAUGGCAGCGAUGAGCCACCGCAUCUGUGCGGCUCCCGGUCCAUGCCCAAUCUAUUCAUGCGUCUAAUUGAGGCUGGCGGCCUGCUGGCCAGCAGGAACGACCCGGACGCCUAUUGCCCGCACCGCUGCAGCAACGGACUGUGCCGCUCCACGGCGAUUGUGUGCUCCGGACGCGAUGGCUGCGGCGAUGGCACCGACGAGCAAACCUGCGCCGUCUGUCGCUGCCCGGCGCCCAAGGCUGCCAGCCUGCCCGCCUAUUUGGCUAGACAUCGCCCCAUGCCGCUGUGGUAAUACGAUCUACAAUCGAUUUGCAACUGCAACACUGUUUCACAACACUAUUUCGUGCACUUUACCCACACUGUCAAUUUGCCAAUUAUGUGCACCAAUUGAAAUAUUUGAUUUUUGCAUUAGCAUUUAAGUCGAUUUAACGCUAUUUAUUUAUUUAUUUAUUUAUUAUUUUGUUUGACUGCGCCAGCCACGCCCAAUUGCCACCUUGCUAGCAAGGGAUGCACAAACAUCCUUUGACCCAGCGAUGCUGACAAUUGUGCGCCCUAUGCGCGAUCUAACCAAUACUCCCGCUAACCCAUACUCCCUUCACACAAUCCCAAACUUCAUAUCGACAAGCUAUACCCAUUAUUCACACACACACACACACACACACUAUUUAUUCUACUCAUAUACCCAUUGAACUAUUUAUUUAUGCCUACUUUUUAAUACCCUACAGAAAAAAA